CUGCGCCAGGAACAGCUGGGGCCGAAGUCCAGAGUCUGUCAAUUCCUUGUGGAGCUGGUUCUAGCAUUUGCACUGCAGCACAGCCCCUCCAGCAGUAGGUCAGCUCCUGGCUGCCCACCUGUCCCCAACUCAGGAGAUGCCUUUGUGCCUGUUCCUCUUGGCUCUGGUGCUCUCUGCUUGGCCUCCCUCUGGCGUCCAGUCCAUCUUCAUCAACAGAUGCCGUAGUGCUGUCCCACGGGUGUGUGACUUUGUGUGCGACUGCAGGGACUGCUCUGAUGAGAACCAGUGCGGUUAUCACAAAGAAUCGUCCAUGUUGGGAACUCCCUUCACCUGUGAUUUUGAAGAGGGCAACUGUGGCUGGAAGGAUGUGAGCACCUCUGCCUACCGAUGGGUCACAGACCAAGCCAGCAUUGCCGCGUGGGGGACAGGGCCCAGAGCCGAUCACACCCUGGGCACCAAUCUGGGCUGGUACAUGGCUGCAGAAAUACGCAGAAGCGUAUUUGCUGCUUUCGCUAGGCUAAGGUCCCCUGUGAUGCGACAAGCAGCAGCCACUUGUGAGAUCCGAGCUUGGUACCACCUAUGGGGAACAGGGCUUAACAAGACAGUGCAGCCUGCUCUGUGGGUGGAGCUGAUGUCUGACAAGGAGACCAUAAUGCUGUGGCAGAACCCUGAGAGCAGCAUCUCUGCCUGGCAGGAGCUGGUGGCAUACACAGGCCGGGUGCAGGGGGAGUUCCAGAUCACCUUCUCCUCGCAGCAGAGCUCUUGGCAGCUGGAUGAUGUGGAGUUCAGGAGCUGCGGUUUGCCACCACCCCUAAACUUGCCAUGCGGCCCAGACAAGUGGCGAUGCAACCGUGGAUCCUGCGUGCACCUGGAGCAGCUGUGUGAUGGCACCGAUGACUGUGGGGAUCUGUCAGAUGAGUCCACCCCAGCCUGCAGACUGGUGUGGCUGGGGGGGGUAGAAGAGGGGUCUGCCCCUGCUCUCUCGGCUGCCAAGGCUGAGGGGACUGAGCCUGGUACUGCACUCCUCAUUCCCACCCCGAGGGAAGCCCCAGCACUGGCAUGCUCUACAAAGCCCUCCCCCCACGCUGCCUCCUUUCUCCGGUUAGGGUCAUUCACUGUCUGCUCCUUCGAGGAGGACUGGUGUGGCUGGAGCGCUGGGCCUAAUGGUCCAAGCUGGCUCAGGAACUCCAGCCUGCACCUCACACCUGGGGCCCGCAGGCCCAGCCGCGGCCACAGCACCAACAGCAGGACAGGGUUUUUCCUCUACGUCAGUACCGCUCCACCAGACUUGAGCAGUGGAGCAGCCAGACUAAUUAGUCCAACUUUCCAAGCAACCACGACCAACUCCUGUUCUCUCGUGUUCUACUCCUACCUCUAUGGCUCAGCCACCAGCAGCCUCAACAUCUACUACCAAACCAACAGCACCAUGGGGCUCGUGCACACCUGGGCUGCAGACCGGGGUGAUUACUGGUUCAGGAACAAAGUGGACUUCAGUGUGACUGAGAGAUUCCAGAUCCUUCUUGAGGCUGUGAUCGGAGCGGGACACAAAGGCAGCGUGGCCCUGGAUGACCUGGUUCUGUCUCCAGGCUGCCUCCAGGCUACAGGCAAUCUGACCAUUACUCCUGGGCCUGCUUCCCCUGGUCCCACCACUCCCUGCGCCCCGGAGGAGUUUGCCUGUGACAAUGAGAAGUGCAUCCGCCCAGAGCUGGCCUGCGACUUUACAGACACGUGUGAAGAUGGCUCCGAUGAGACGUCCUGUGGGGCAUCAACCUUUGAGGCUGGGGCUGGGGGCUGGAAGGACAUCAGUGUGGGCCAGCUGCAGUGGGUGAGGGAGAACGGCAGCACAGCCUCAGAGCCGCGGGCAGACCACACCACCAACUCCUCUGCAGGGCACUACUUGGGUGUGGGGCUGGCUCCGGGCCAGAUGCUGUCCGUGGCAAGGGCUCGCACCCCUCCUCUGGGCUCCUCGGGCCUGGCCUGCUCUCUGGAGAUGCACUACUGGUUGCACAGUGACCCUCAAGGGUUCCUGGCACUCAGCAUCCUGGAUCCUGGCCUGGGGACACACAGACUGGCCUGGCACAUGCAGGGCACUGACAGCACGGCGUGGAAACAUGUCACUGUCCCUCUUGGGAAGCGGGUCAGACCCUUCCAGCUGGAGCUGACUGCCCUGGUGAAGCUGCGCGGCCUCGUGAUGCAGAGUGCUGCUGUGGACGACAUUGUGUUUGUGAACUGUGACCCCCACUUUACCCCUCCAGAUGCCUCAGAGCUGUCCUGCAACUUUGAGAGGGGGCUUUGCGGCUGGUACCAGGAUCAGAGUGAUGACUUUGAGUGGAUGCGAGGGCUGGGCUCCGAUCACACCACUGGCACAGGCUAUUUCUUGGCCGUGGACCUUGCUGCCCAAAGUGCCCGGGGCCUGAGUGCGCGUCUCAUCACGUACCCCCAGGACUGUCCCACGAGAGAGCAGUGCCUUUCCUUCUGGUAUCGCCUGGAUGGCCCUCAGAGUGGCACAUUGAGCCUAAAAAUACAGCAUGACGAGGAGCCGGAGACUGUGCUCUGGACCCGAACGGGAGCUCAUGGCAGCACGUGGCACCUGGGAUUCGCGACACUCCGCUGCCAGGCCCUCCAGGGGUACCGGGGGCGCCUGGCUGCUUUGCCGUGCAAGCCCCAUGAGGAACGGGGCGCCUGGCUGCUUUGCCGUGCAAGCCCCAUGAGGAACGGGGCGCCCGGCUGCUUUGCCAUGCACUUGGGCCCAGGCCCUCAUGUCCCUGGUCCUUGGGCUCCUCAACACCUUCGUUCCAUUCCCCGGGGAUGUGGCCGACCUGGCGAGUGGGUGCUUGGGGUGGUGCUCAGCACUGCUUGCCUUCCUCCUUGGCAGCUGGUCUUCGAGGCUCUCCGGAGUGGGUACUUGGGCGACAUAGCCUUGGACGAUGUCACCAUGCGAGCCGGAGCCUGUGGGCCCCAGGAGUCCUGCUCAUUCGAGGCCAAUGCUUGUGGCUUUUCCUCCAGCUGGCAGUACCUGUGGGCACGGCAGAGCAAUGCUACUGGCACUGCUACCGCUGGCCCUCCCACGGACCACACCCUAGGGACGGCCCGAGGAUAUUACAUGAUUGUUGACACCAGCAAGGGCUCCCUGCCCCACGGGCAAACAGCCACACUGAGCUCUGGGCAGUACAGGCCCCUGACUCAUCCACGGUGCCUCUGCUUCUGGUACCAGCUCAGCCCCAGUGACCCAGGUUCUCUGACAGUGCAUGUGGAGGAGAAGGGGCUGCAGCGGAGUCUGUUCAGCGUGAGCUCAGUGCACGGGGACGCCUGGCACCGGGGUCAAGUGACUGUCCAAACAGCUGAGGCCUGGAAGGUGGUGUUCAAGGCAGUGGGAGCUGGCGGCCAGCUCUCCUACAUCGCCCUCGAUGAUCUGCACCUGCAGGCCAGCAGCUGCCCGGAGCCAGGUUCCUGUGACUUUGAGUCAGAUACGUGUGGCUGGACCAGCCCCUCAGAUCCCACUGUUGGCAGCUAUGCCUGGGGCUGGAGGAGUGGAAUCAGUCUGGGCCCUGAGGUGGAUCACACGCUGGGCACGACAGCAGGCCACUACGCUUACUUCGAUGCCAGCGUGCUGGCUCCUGGGGGACAUGUCGCCUGGCUGCUGAGUGAGCACCUGCCAGCCACUGCAGGUGCCUGCCUUUGGUUCUGGUACCACAUGGACUUUCAGGAGCACUUCGACAGCAGCGAGCUGAGGGUGAAGCUCUCCAGCACAGUGGGACAGCUAAUGGUGUGGCGCACCCACGGGCACCAGGGCCACGGCUGGUGGAACAGGAGCAUCCCAGUGCAGAGCGCCGUGGAGUUCCAGAUCUGCCACCCCCCCCACCAAACUUCAUCCAGUAGCCUGCACCUCACACAAGCGACUGAGGGGGGAGGGCAGGGCCGAGCCUUGGAGAAGGGUCAGGAUCAGACUGGAGCCUUGUUAUGUUUUGUUCAGAGUUGGCAGCCUUACUCCGGGGCGCAGGGCUCGCCCUCCAGGCUCCAUACUCUCUCCUGGGUUGUGUGCAGCCCAGUGUCCCUUCCUCUGGAGCCACCCCAUGCUGGGGCUAACAUCUCCCUGCAAGGAGACGUCUCCUCUCCCCUCUUGCUCCUCUGCACUGAGCCUCAGGGGGGUUCCCCGCCCACCCUGCAGAUUGUCUUUGAAGUGGCCAGUGGUGCGGGGCCUGCUGGGGGGACCAUUGCUGUGGAUGACAUCACGUACCGUACUGGAGUGGGCUGUCGUGGAGACGGGCUGGGACAGAUGGAAGAUGGGAAGCCUACCAACGGCUCAGUGGCAGCUCUGGUGAUUGGCACGCUCCUGGCCAUUGUAUUGCUCCUGCUGCUAGCUGCCAGCACCUGCUACUGGCAGCAGCAGAGGGGAGCAGCAGGCAGGAUCCUGGAGGAGAGAGGCAUUAGCCAAGGCUUUGACAACAUCACUUUUAGAGACGACAUGGUCACUAUAACUCCACUGCCAGGAGAUGGGGAAGCAGAGCCAGAUAUCAGCCUCCCACUGUAGGCACCUCCGUGUACUGUAGCUGCAAUGACAGAAUGGAAAGUGGGUCCUGCAUGGCCACUUUCCAGUCCAAGUGCUCUUAAACUGCUUUGCCCAUUGGCUAAAACGGAAGCUUUAGUGGAGACAAACAAGGGCAGCUGGAGGGAGGAAUACAAGUCCAUUUUGGAACUUAGCAAGAGCAUGAAUACACUCCAUGUAACUGAAUUUCCGGAAGCACAUUCAAGAGCUCAUGAGUGCUGCCCUAUUCGCCCAGUUUCCCCUCUUGUGUUGCCCUUUCCAACUGAAGAACUGUCCCCUUGAUUUUAUCUAAAAUAAAAUGGAUUCUAUCACAGAGUUCUGAAGACUGUACCACUUUGUUUCAUUCAAAUCAGCACUGUUUUCUCUGGUCACUUGCUUCCUGCUUUCCCCUGGACCAGGGAACCUGGCUAUUUCCCCUCCAUGCCUGGAGGAACCAUACUGAUACUGUGAGCAGGAAGCAGGCAAAACUAUACCCUGGUGCCUGGCUGGGAGUGUGGGCAUGGCCGAGGCACAGGACUAGUGUACAGAAAAUGCAAAAGACAAAAGUUGUCUUUGAUGGACUUUAUUCCAAAUGGCCCAAAGGGCUAGUCCUUGCUCAGUACCCCAGAAGGCGGCAAAAAACCUCCAGAGUCUCUAGCCAAUCUGCCCUGGAGGAUAAUUCCUUCCCAACCCCAAAUGUAGUGAUCAGUUAGACCCUGUGCAUGCAAGCAAGGAUCCACUGGCCACUAUGAUUACAUACUAGGGAUGUGAAAGGUUAAUCACUUACCAGGUUAACGGGUAAGCAUCACCACAAACGGGGUGCUUGCUGGUUGUGAUUAACCGGUAAUCAGAGCUGACUUCAGUGACUGGGGGUCUGCUCCAGCCCCAUAAGCCUGCUGCAGGCAGGGGCUGCUCUGACAUCCAGAGAAGCCUCUGUCCAUGGGAAACCCAGAUGUCCUGCGGGCAGGGGGCUAGGAACAGGGAGUUGGCCGCAACACCAGUGCAAGUUUGGGAGCCCGCAGCCAGCCCCAGUGCCUCUCUCUUGUCUGAAAGUUCACUUCUACUUGCAGCCCAGCAGAUGGAACCAGCUGUUUCUCUUAGGCCAAUAGGUGGCCUGUGCAACGUCUGAACAUUGUUUCUUGAAUGCUGUCCAAAGUGGCUGUGUUUCCUUCAUCUGAAAGCACAAUCACAGCCACUGAUCUGGGAAGUGAUAAGCAGGUUCCUCACCUCCUGAGAAAGAUGAAUCCCCUUGUGUCUGCCAUCAUUCUUGGCUCCUCUUAGAAUCUGAGAUGUGUGACCACCUGUCACAAGCCCCUUGGCACAACAGAAGUUAGCAAAUGUGUGGAGCUGAUUGUAUGCUCAUUUGUUACACUUACCAAAUGCUUCUUACCUCUCCUCAGAGCCAGUUCUGUGACUCUAUUAACUGGAGUGUCUGUGGUUUCAUAUCUUAUGAGAACAAAUCACCCUCCGAGGAAUGGUUUUGAACAGAUCCAUUCAUUCGUACUUGAAAAUCCUGAGCAUUUAUAUCCCUGAUCUCCUGAAAAGGCAAAUCAGCUUCACAAAGUAGUUCAUGAAAAGCACAGCCAGGACUGUAGGGAUCCAAGUUUGACCUAAUGGUUGCUCAUUAGGCCCAUAAAUGUUGCAAAAGAGAAUAGAUUAUGAAGCAUCUUAUACAACAAAACUUCCUUGUAGUCUGCUGCAUUAUUGGUUUGAAACUUGAUGGUGAUAAGUGACUAUCUUUAUCUUCCCAUUCUAGUCAUGGAAGGCAACUUUUCUUUCCUCUCUGCAGGGUUAGCCAGGUCUUCCUUUAUUCUCAAUGUGGCUGCUUAUACUAGCUUUCAGUCCCUCUGAGGUGAGCCCAGCUGCAUUUCUGCCACCUGAAAAGGAAACUCAAUGGCUGUGUCUAGACUGGCAAGUUUUUCUGCAAAAGCGGUUGCUUUUGCAGAAAAACUUGCCAGCUGUCUACAC